UUUUCUGUGAAAAACGACUUUUGUCCUUAAUAUUAUGCUAUAUUUUUACAGUUUUAUAAAUUAAAUCAUGUAUGUUUGUGAUUUAAAACUAUUAUGUUGCACCAACAAAUGCGAAAAAUAACUGUGAAAUAUUAUUUUCCCUAUCGAAAUGGCAGUCUGCGGACUUCGAACGUUGUUGUUGAUCGUUUGUGUUGUUGAACUGAUUGUGACUGUCCAGCGACAAGUGUUUGACUUCCUUGGUUAUAUGUGGCUACCUAUCAUAGCCAACUUUGUUAACAUUUUGUUGAUAAUAUUUGGUUCAUUUGGAGCGGUUCAAUACAUUACUAAAUAUCUUUUAGCGUAUGCAAUAUGGAGUUUCAUGUGGCUGACUUGGAAUGUCUUCUUGAUAUGCUAUUACAUGAACUUGGGCUCUCUCAACAGGGAGAGUGGGCUUCUCUCCUUGGGUACUGGAAGUGUCAGUUGGUGGGAAGGAAACGGCUGGGGUUGCCAGCCAGUGUGGGGGGAGGUGGACGGCCCCGGGACCUGGAGACCAACACGGGUGGACGGCUGCUUCCUCCAGUGGCAUCAUGUGGAACUUGGACAGUCUGCUGUUGCUGCCAUACUGACAGCAACCGCCUUACCAUUAGCCAUUCUCCUGGCAUACCGCUCCUUUAAGAAACGUAAACCAGAAUCAAAUAAGGGCACUUUGCCGCGUCGUCCCGUCUACACAAUAGAACUAAGCCCGACAGAAACAAACAUAAGUGAAAGUUCAUUGAAGCCAAUGACGCCGCGGCGGGUGAAACGCCGCUCAGGAUCGCGAGGAAACGGUUCAUCAGUGCGAAGGUCGCGGCGGUCGUAUAGAAACGCCGGAUACUUAGCGUCGAAUGCGUCGCUACCGCGAGAAUCGAGGCCGUCCAGGCCUACAUCAGCACAUUCGUCAUACUCAAACUUCCACCCUGCACGCCCCGCAUCCUACCACGCACCAGAGAGAGAUACAAUGUCAAGGUCUCAGGACGUAUACGAUCCCCCACCGCCUACUGAAUCUGUUCCAAUCAUAACAAAUAGAUACGACACCGUGCGAAGGACCGUUAAAGGUUCCGGUUACGACGUCGCCGGGCCUUACAACGAGCCACCGCGCGGUUACGAACAAACGAGAAACUACGACCAGAAUGUUCCAACAUAUGAUAAUAUGAAUCGUGGAUACGAAGGUGCAACGGCAAGUUACGACGCGAGAAUGGACACGGUUACGCCUUGCGAGUCUCCGCCGUACGGAGCGAGUGCGUACGGCGCGGCGGCCAGCUACGGCGGCGACAGCGGCUGGGAGGCGCCGCCGCCGCCCGCGCCGCCCUACAGCGCGCGCGCCACGCCGCAGGCGCCCGGCCCGCCGGCCUACCAGCCGGUAAACGAUGCUUAUUAGUGCUGUAACAUUGCCACGUUAGUGCCUAACUCCAGUGACUCAGUCUUAUUUUCUAUUUGAUUUUUAAUUUCGUUCCUAGGGUGUUAUUGGGUUGUACUUAAAAAUCUCAGUCAACAUGUUGUUUGUUAUUGUAUAAAAUACAUUCCUUUUUACAUUCUUUUACGAUACGAUUUUAGCUUUAACUAUAUAGUUGUAAACACUAGCUUGUAUGUGCAGGUUGACAGUAAGUAAAGAUGUUGCACAUCACAAAUUUUAUGACAAUCUACAAAAUGUGGUAACAUUUUGACUGUAAGCUCACUCAUGUACUUUUUAUUAUAGAUUAAGUAAAAGAAAUGUGUAACAUUCCUGUUCAAUUUAUAGAUCUGAUGAAUUAAGUUAUGAAAAUGGCUCGGAUGUUACAGUAAUCAAGUACGAAUUUAUAAUGAUUUAAUUAUUGUGAUUGUAACGAGGAAUUGUAUAGAUUUAGUAUAAGAUGUCUCAGGAACUUUCCGUCCACAAGUGACUUAUUUUUGUGAAAUUUAGAAUCAAAUUGCACAAAUGCACCGGCAAUUUGUGAACUUUCUGUGUAUCAAUCAUGGACCAAUAUUUAUAGUAAUUAGAAAACAAGCUUUAUUAGACUAAGAUAUUGAAUAAUAUUGGUUAUAUUUGAGCCGAUAAGGCAAUUUUUAUACCAAAUAUACAUACACUUAACACGU